GUAGUUAUUUCUUUUUAUAUAUCCGUUUAUCUUUUCCUUUGGAUCUGCAAGUAAGAUUGAUUUAAAUUUGAAUUCAUUUUUUAUUUUUGUGUUUGGGGUCUGGGGAGAGUUCAUCGCCGACGCAGUGUCAUUUUAGCGAACAGAUAGCAGGGCCGGACUUUUUAAGACAAGUCUCAAUUUUCUUAGGAAGUGAGAAAAUGCAAAAAUUGAGGAAUGCUAUUUUGAGCUACAUGAGAGUCGGGAUCCCUGUGAAAGGGCGCUAUGUUCAAAAAGGGCUGAAUGGACGUUGUGAGUUGCUGCGAGCAUGCAGCACGGCUGCAAAUAUAAACCAGGAUCAGAUAAUGGAUCGAGUUAUUGGGCUGGUGAAGAAAUUUGACAAAAUUGAUUCUGCUAAGGUUACAGAAGAUGCUGAUUUCCAAAAGGACUUGAGCCUCGAUAGCCUGGACAGAGUGGAACUCGUCAUGGCUUUUGAGGAAGAGUUCUCUAUCGAGAUACCUGAUGUGGAGGCGGAUAAGCUCAAAUCUUGCACGGAUGUUGCUAAGUAUGUUAAAUCGAAAGUCUCUGAAACUUCUUAACUAUUUGACACAGUUACUGGAACAAUCAUUUUCUUACUCAUGUCUUUCCUGAUUGAUACAUGGUGUUUUUUUUAUUCCUUUGCACCUUUGGAAUGAUGACUUGAACUGAAUUUCAUAGAUUAUGUAUUUGGAUUUAUGUCA